UAAAUGAUAGGAUUCCCACGAGUAACUGGUACUUUUGUUGUUCUAACCAUUUACCAUUUAAUGGAGUUCCACCCACAAGUUGCCCUUUGACAUGUGUGAUAUCAGCUGCAAUUAAUGCAUCACUGCUCUUUAAAUUAGGACUCGCUCUCAGUCUUUAGUGUUCUCGGCGUUAAACAUCCCAAAAGCACAGCAACCUCCAAUGGGCCUGCACAACUCUCAUCCGAAGCUUUACCCUGGAGAUAUCCUUGAGUUUCCUGGCAACAAGUAUUUUUCUCAUUUUGGAGUUUACUAUGGGGAAAGGGACGGGGUUCCUUAUGUGGCCCAUUUGACAAUCAAAGAUUCUGACACAAAACUCCUACUUUUCGGCCGAGCUUUAAACUCGGCAGUAAAGCUAGAUCCAGUCGAUGUUGUAGGGAAAAAAUACAAGGUAAGAAACUACUUGGAUGACAAGCACCCACCACGAGACUUCUACUCUCACAUUAAACCUGAGAUCGAGGAAGCCAUGACAAAACCCAUCACCUUUGACAUCCUGUUCAACAACAGUGAACAUCAGGCCACAAUGUUACGCUACGGGGUCAAAAAGUCAGAGCAGAUUGAAAAAGUCUAUUCCAAGAUAGUUCCCACCUGGAAAGACAUAUUUGAGAAGAAAAAGGUUUGAGAGACAGCUGCGUGCCGCAUGGUUUCAGGAGACACAAGAGUUCAAGAUUAUAAAAAGACUUUCAUUCUUAAAUAGAAAAUCGAAUAAAAUUGGAACUGUAAAAGAUACACAGCUGUAUAAAUAUAUGCUAUGUAUUCCCCACAAUCAUAUUUAUACAAAACCUUUAUUAUUAGUAAUGUAUUUUGGUAUCCAAGUGUUGGGUGCUCUUGUCAGUCUCACAACCCUCCACAAGAAUGCAGUACAGCAUAAAGUUUGAGUUUAUGUGAGUGUAAACAACCAGGAGCAUUAACCAGUUCAAUGUCUCUUCACAUAUAGCAGUCUGUUUUAUACAUUGAAUGUAAUGUCUUACUCAUGUGUAAUGUAUCAAAUUAGGAACCAGAAAUGUGUCUCUGGGCUUUAAGAUCAAGAUAUAUGUGAUUUAUACUGUUUUAUUUCUUUUUUAAUCAUGUGCAAAGUCAUAACAGCAUUUUGUAAAACUCAAAAAAGUGAAUUAAAAUGGCUUUAA